UUUGCAGGUUCUUCAAGAUGGUUGAAACAUUGUUCGAAGAUAUGUUUACAGUCACUCAAAAAGAUCCGGACGGUAAAAAGUUCGAUAGAGUUAAUCGCAUUGAAGCACGAAGUGAGCAGUUUGAUAUGUACAUGCUGUUGGAUGUGAACACUGAGAUAUAUCCUAUGCGUGUGAAAGAGAAAUUUAUGAUGGUUUUAGCAUCUACUUUGAACUUGGACGGGACACCAGAUACUGAUUAUUUCAUUCAGGGUAACAAGAAAUCACUUGCUGACAAGUUUGAAUAUGUCAUGCAUGGGAAGCUAUAUAGGAUCUCAGAGGAAGGUUCAGGAAAGCAUGUUAAAGCGGAAAGAGCAUUUGUUAGCUAAGCUACUGGCACGUGAUAACUUUCGUGUGGAGUUCAGUUUCAAGAAAUCGAAAGAAUGUAACUGAGAUGAUAAUGGAGACCAAGGAAUGGAGCUCUAUUUAUGUUGUUGAGGUGCAGAAACCUAAUGUGCAGUUAUGAUCUUUAUAUCUGGUGACAUAAAGAGAAGAAUAUUUUCCAACUACUAGUAUUCUGUGAUGAAGAAUUUAGAACUCUUAUCGACUGGUAACAUAAUUGCAGUUCAUGCUGCUGUUGUUAUUCCGAGCCCUGUGUUAUUUCAAUAUUUUCCUGUUUCUGUUUUA